AUCGAUCAGUUAUGUAAUGUCUCCAAUCGUGCCAGUCACGUGCGUGCUUGGAAGGUAGGGGGCGAAUAUUAAAAUGACGCCCCGCGCGGGCCGUGCUUGUCUCGCAGUGUGGCUGCACCAGUUCAGGGAGUGAAGAAUGCAGCCUAUAUUCAGCAGGAACGGGAAAGAGACGCCAGAGCCAGUGAAAGCCACAAUUACGGGCACUCUCCCUGCCUGGCUACAAGGCACCCUGUUGCGCAAUGGGCCAGGCAUGUUCUCUGUGGGAGAGACCUCCUACAACCACUGGUUCGAUGGGAUGUCCCUAAUUCACAGCUUCACUUUCAAAGAUGGUGAAGUUUAUUACAGAAGUAAAUUCCUCCGCAGUGAUACGUACAAGAAGAACAUUAAAGCUGACAGGAUAGUGGUGUCUGAAUUUGGAACCAUGGCUUACCCAGAUCCCUGCAAAAGCAUCUUCACAAAAGUGUUCUCCUAUCUCUCCAACACAAUACCAGACUUUACAGAUAACUGCCUCAUUAAUAUUGUCAAUUACGGUGGGGAUUUUUAUGCUACAACAGAAACAAACUACCUUCACAAAAUUGAUCCCUACACCCUUGAGACAAUUGAGAAGGAGGACUACAGGAAGUACAUUGCUGUGAAUCUGGCUACAUCUCACCCACAUUAUGACAAAGAAGGAAACACAUACAACAUGGGCACAACUAUUGUUAACUUUGGAAAACCCAAAUAUACUAUCUUCAAAGUCCCCUCUCAGGCUGCAGAUAAUGCGAAUCCUGGUCUGAGGAACCUUGAGUCCCUGUGUUCUGUGCCUUGUCGCUCUGCACUUUACCCCAGCUACUUCCACAGCUUUGGAAUGACCGAGAAUUAUAUCAUCUUUAUCGAGCAGCCUUUCAAACUAGACAUCCUAAAGCUGGCCACUGCCUACUACAGAGGAGUCAACUGGGCCGGCUGUCUCAAGUUCGAAGCCAAUGACGUUACUCUGAUCCAUGUGAUUGAUAGGAAGACCCAGAAGACUUUGUCAAGUAAAUUCUAUGCUGAUGCAUUGGUGGUCUUUCAUCACGUCAAUGCAUAUGAGGAAAAAGAACAUAUUGUUUUUGAUAUCAUCGCAUACAAAGAUAGCAGUCUGUAUGAUAUGUUCUACUUGGCUAACUUGCAGCAGGAGUCAGAAACAUUUAUUGAGAAACACAAGCUUUCAUCUCCUCCUGUCUGUAAGCGGUUUGUUCUUCCCCUGGGUUCUGACCAGGACGCUCCUGCUGACAAAAACCUUGUUAAUCUCCUCAACACCACAGCCACUGCAGUGAAGCAAAAGGAUGGUUCUGUGUACUGCAGUCCUGAAGAAAUAUGUGAAGGAGUGGAACUACCAAGAAUUAACUAUGAAUCCAAUUGUAGGAAAUAUCGCUAUUUCUAUGCCACCAGGGUGGAGUGGAAGCCAUUUCCAACAAAGGUAGCUAAAGUAGAUGUUGCCACAAAAACAAUGCUAGAGUGGGAAGAGGAAGAUUGCUGGCCAGCCGAGCCUGUUUUUGUCCCCUCGCCAAAUGCAGUGGAGGAAGAUGACGGCAUCAUUUUAUCCUCCAUCAUUUCAACAGAUCCACAAAAGCCACCGUUUUUGCUCAUACUGAACGCAAAGGAUUUCCAAGAGAUCGCACGUGCCUCUGUCAACACCACUGUUCACCUGGACCUACACGGCCACUUCAUCCCACAGCAGGCUGAAGAGCAAGUCAGGAAGCAUGUCGGCUUCAACUCGCAGUGCUAGUCACAGGGCUGGGCCCAUCACACUCGGAAAUAUAAGAUAAGAUCACUUGAUUGGCCAUUUCUUGCAUUAGGAAUUCAUAUUUCCCAUAUUUCUCCAUGACAC